AUGGCAACCCACGACCAGCCGCCAGCCGCCAUGCUUGUCGGCCAUCCCACCUCACCGCCCAUGACACCCGGCCAUCGCACUCAAAAUCGCUUUCCGCCGCAGACACACCAAACCUCUCCGCUGUAUAAGCGUAUGGGCAUCCCGAAAUUUGCCCAGACUCCUCCAUUGGAGUUCAUCGAACCCACUGGCGAAGACCAUCACUUCAAGUUCACUCGCCCACAAUCACUCGAACGGUCUUCGCGCACAUCCGCUUCCACUGGACGAGCGUAUGCAACAACAUCUCUACUAUCCGAAGAUGACGACGAUUCUGAGGAGGAGAGCGAACAGGAGGAGGAAAGACCCAUGCGCCGGGUAGAAAAGGCUCAGUUUGUGCUCGAAGAGCUAAACAGCGAUCCAGGCUACGACUGUGACAUAGAAGUCGUACGGCCAGACAAUUAUGAAGACGCAAAAAGUGACAGAAGCGGAACAAAAUCCGAGGUCUUUGCUCGACUGAAAGAGCUGCAACUCGAACAAGACAGUUCGGACGAGGAGGAAAGGGAACGCAUUUACCGACAUAAGAAGAAAAGAUGGAGUGCAGGAGUCUUCAAGCGCAGUCAUAGUCAGAGCGUCGAGGGUGACAGCAGUUACUCUGACAACGACCCACUAGACGACGUUGACCCAACUGCUCGCCGACUACGACGCCGCGUGCGCGGCCCUCGCGGGCCUUGCGACAGGCGAGGGUCACUCAUCUUUGAGGACAGGGGCUUCUCAAAUACCAACAAUAUCGUGGAGGUAGAGGAGCCGGAUGAAGGACGAGUGAUACACUCGAAAGGCCCGCCAUCUAUUCCUAGUGAUGACGCGUUCACCCUGGAUGAGCUCCCAUUUUGGAGAGGGGGCGACUUGAUGGACGUUGAAUUUGACUCUGAUUAG